AUGGCGACUGAUCCCCAGGGAGGAAAAGAAGGGAAAGAGCAAUGUAUACCUAGACAGGAUCAGGUGGUGAAGAAGGUGGUUACAGACACACCCUUGCCUUUCAGAAGAGUUAAGCCAGGGGAAGAUGAAGGAAGCUGUUGGUCGGUAGAGGACAUCCUGACGGAAGAUGAUGAAGGGGAUCGAGUCCCGCUGCAGAAGCUUAAACGUUUAGGAGAGUCUAAAGAACUGAAAAGCUUACUACUCAACCCUCACCUGCAGCAAUUGCUGCGAACGAUAGACGAAGCCAAAGAAAAAGAGUCCCUCAUGAAAACAUCUAUGCAAGAGCCCUUGUUUGUGGAGUUUGCGGACUGCUGCUUGAGAGUUGUUGAACCUCUGGAGAAAGAGAAUUUUCCUCUGGACUGAGAGACUGUUCGGGAACAGAUAGCUCAUCAUGAAUUUUUCUGUAACAGAAGAGACAUUUUACUACGCUGUGCUUUGCUGAAAGAGCCUCAGGUAUAUUCUUUACUCAAGGUAGAACGCCUGGCUGUCUCACCUCCAGUCUUGUCACAGGGCAAGCUUUUGUCACAGGUGGCUGAAAGUACUGAUGGGAGAGAGGUAUAUGUGUGCAUGUACUAGCAGGAAUAGUGUUUUAGUGCUGGAUCUUUCUUUUAGUGACAGUUUGUUUGCCAACAGGGCUGUGCUGGGAAUUGCUGACGUCAAGAGUAUAAGAGAGAAAGAUUAGACCAAGUCCACCAGCAUUUAACUUGAUCUUUCAAAUAUUUGACAACCUGGCUGAGACAUUAGAAUUCAGAUAGCUGUGCGAGAUAUUUAUUAAAAUGCCAUGUGCGUAACAAAACGAAAUACAUCCGUUUCCCUGCCCGAUGAAACAAGAAAAAACUCUUUUCUCUGUCACGCCAAAGGUUCCUGUGUUAACCUGUGAGGCUAGUGUUGGAGAGAGAUGCAACAACGAGGGGCUCUUUGCAAUCUUAGCAGCAUCUUGAGUGUGAAACUUUUUAUAUUUGAUCUACAUCUGAGUUUGGAUCAAUACAAUCUAAAUGUUCAAAAGUA